AAGUACGUAUCAUUUGACUAUCGGCUCAUCCAGGGGAAAACUUACUUAGGGGCGAGUAAAACUGCGGAAUUUUCUGUGAUGUUUUGAUUUGUUUCUUGCCAAGUUUUAUUCAGUUUUAUAACGGCGGCUUCCUGCUGUACGAUCCAUUGCCAUUUCUUUUCUGCUGUCUCGUGGCUGUUUUCUUAUUUAUCGGUCCGCAUUAUUUUUACUUUUAGUGCCAUGAACAUACCUUGAUCGUCAGUGUUGUGUUUGUAUUUGACGUAGUUCGGGAUGACCGAGCAAAAUGCGCUUGUUAGAAAAGCCCUUCUGAAAACAUAACGUACUGUAGAGCGCUAAAAACGAUACCUUUGACUAUCCCUGCGCGCAACAAUAAAAUUUGUUCGUAAUCGUUUAUCGCUGCGCGGAAGAUGACGGGCGGAAUAGGGGAUAACUUCAAGGAUUCGGUUCCGCUAUAUAUGGACAACACCUUCAGAUCGGCCCGCUGUUUGGCUGGCAUCCCCAAUUGUCCAUGGAGCAAGAUCAAACCCUUCUACAAAGCCUGUCCCAAGCUUCCGGCAGAUGACAAGAUUCGCGCCACUGUGGCGGGACAUGAUGUGGCAAUUCCUAAGAUUAACGAAGUUAACGCGGAAAUCCGCUUAACGGGAAUCGAUCAGAUCAAUGUCGUUGCGCUGGGAAUAUUCGUUCUUGAAUCGGGACUCCAGCAUGAGGAUAAAAUUGUAAAGUAUCUGAUUGGAUUACUGUCACGACUUCCCGAUGUGGUCCAUGUUAACGACCACAGUCUGCCCAACCACGAUCGGCUUCCUAUCGGUGAACGAUUCGCCUUCAUCCUGAACACUCUGAUGUGCGAUAUCGCAACAAAAAGCGUUGCUUUUGGAGCAGAGAUCAUCGCAAAGCAGAUUGAUGUUAUCGAGGAUUUUUCCCACAAACUGGUGAAGUAUGUCCGCGAUGACCAGCUAGCAAAGGAGAAACAACAUGCUUUGUGCUACGAGAUUGUGCCUCCGCUGUUGGGUUUAUUGCGUUCCUUUGGCCGCUUUUCAAAAUCCAGUGUACCCCUUGUUUGUUCUAUCUUCCCGGAUGAGAUUUUUGCCCGAAGAAAAGGGCUAAAUAUCAACACGGUGCAACUGCCUCUCGUACCGCGCUCGCUGUCGCGUGCCGCAUCGUUGGUUCCUGCGAAGCACGAAUGUCGAUCUCCCGAAAUUGCUCCGAAUCCUCUGACGAAUUUUCCAUUUUUUCGUCGUCAUUCUGACGGUGUCCACCAUAAAGAGCAUGCAAAAGCGGAAGAUCCAUCGCUCAUGGAGGAUCUGCGCGUGUAUUUAUUUUCCCAGUCGGGAUCGUGCGUAGAAAAUGUUGAUAAGUUUGGUAGUCAGAGCAUGGUGCUUCCCGUUGGAAUGACGAAAAAGAAACUGGAAGACCUCUUUAAAGUGACGCGAGCUUUAUUAGAUGACAAAGUCACGGAGCAAUUGGAUACCAAACUCCAGGAGACACUGGCUGGCCAAAACGGCAGUAGCAUUUAUCCGUACAGGACCUACAGUGAAACGCUGCGUUUUGUACUUGUGGCAAUGUGGAGACAGUUGUUUUACGAUGAUCAAGUUCAUAAAGGAUCCAAAUUAGCCAAGGAGUUGAAGGGAUUUUUUGAAGAAUUAUUUCGUCGCACUCAGACCUAUCUGCAGCGGUCGUCGGGAAAAGAACAGAGGGAAGAUACUUUAACUAGAGGCAUGGGCAAAACCGUGUACGCCUCACGCCAAACAGUGUGUAGUGUGGCCAUCUGCAUUGAUAUCCUCGUGUGGUGUGCCGCUAGUUCUGGCGAAACUGAUACUGUUAUUUCCCAUUUGUCCAGCCGUUUGAAGCCAGCGCAGCGCACGAGAACUCUGGCUAUGCAUUGUCCCAUAUUUAUUUCUUGCUUAGAGGCGUUUGCCUUUCUUUCUAAAAUGAACCGCAGUAUAGCCAACAUAGCGUUAAGCCAUCUGCGAGAUUUUCUUGUGGAACCGGACUCUCUUCUGAUCAAACUUCAGCUUGGAGACAAAGACUCUUUGGCUCAACCGGGGCGAUCAUCGGCUGCGCCCAGCUUGAAUCCAGCUUUGGCAACAAAUGGGCAUCAGUAUGAUACAAUCACUAGAAGCACUGACAUUGAGCGAAUGGCAUCGGUUGUGGAGGCACUAAAAGAGUGCUGUAUCGAAAGCAUUAUUAUCACAUUGCGCAUCAAUCAGGAAGAACACCCGGAUUCGGUCCAGGCGUUAAUGGCGUACCUAAGCAGCAGUUUGUAUCGAGUUGAGCAAACCGAUCCUCGCUACAUGGCCAUGGCUUCAAAUCUCCUAAUGCUAUUGGCGCGAAUAGCAACUAAAUUCAAAGACGUUCCAAAAACGGUGGAAUCGGUGUUUAGCAUCUGUCAGGAUAUCUUCUGUAAGACAACAAACCAGGUUGAUGUGGUCAUUGUGGAUCAGCUGGCAAAUAUGGUCGUUGGUGGAGUGUACGAAGCGUAUCCCUUGACGUUAUUCAACAUAGUCACACUGGAAACCAGUUCCGCGGCGUACGGACGACCCAUCAGUUCUGACCGGCCCGAUUACCGGCAUGUUGCAUUAGCGGUGAUUCGCGGUUUGAAGACUAUUGCCGAGGGCUUGGAUAACCCGGACGAUGUAAUGGACUUUCUCAACCGAAUGUUGGAACUGUUUAUUCAGCUGGGUCUCGAAAGCAAAAAAGCCAAUGAAAAAAGCGCGGCUAUAAAAGCUUCCAGCAGCGCUGGAAAUUUAGGCGUACUAAUUCCCGUCAUUGCGACGGUAAUUCGCAAAAUACCAACUUUAAAAAACGCAAAGCCGCGGUUGCUGAAGCUUUUCCGGGAUUUCUGGCUUUAUUCGGCGAUUUUGAGGUUUGCUGAGCCGGAUUCGGGAUUGUGGCCAGAAGAGUGGUUUGCGGGAGUAUGCGAUAUUGCUGUAAAAACUCCUGCGUUGGUCACCAAAGAAGUCAUUCUCCGGGCGGAGUUGGAGUAUAAUUCUGCAUUGAAGAGCGAUAGCUUGUCUGCCGUUGAAUUGCAAGAUAUCAGGAACAACCUUAUUGAUCUCCUUAAAGCCAAUGCUGAUCUCUCGUACAAAAUCAACCGCUUGAGUCUUGCCCAGUGCCUUUUCCUGCUUUCGGUUUAUAGACUGGAGAGGCUAAAAGUUACGCACUCUGACGAUCCGGAUGCCGUGAAACAGAUAUUUGCUUACCUAGAAGACUAUUCACUUCAGAAAGAUGACAGUGGUUUGCGGGAUGCCGUUCAGGCUAUUUCUUAUAGCGUUCUGGAUGCCUUUAUUCAAAGAGCAUCCGCAUUGCCAAAAAAUGAUAAGCGCAACGCCGAAUUAGAUUCUUUAGCGCAGUAUCUCCUGGUGAUUUUCAACAAUAUUAACGGAACGAUUCGCCAGAUCGCCGAUCAAUGGCUGGCACGCUUGGUGGAAGUCUUCCCGCAUAUCUUAUGGAGUCGAAAAGUGUUAUGGACAAUCUUGGAUAUCGCUCAGACUCUGUCAGCAUCUCUUGAAUCGAGUCCAAAUGAAGAGGAUAUCGUUCUGAGAGUGCCGAAUACACCCUAUUCGUUGCGUUUUAUGGACACGAUGGAAGGUCGAGAGCAGAUCAUAAAGCUAUUUACGGGCCGUUGUGAAGAUUUUAUUGGAGAAGCCAUGAAAUGGGCACCGUUUGCCAUUCGUUCCAAUUUAGAACAGUACAUGCUUGAAGUAACCAGUAUUGUUCCUCUUCAUAAACAGGAUGCGCCUGAACCUGUAGGACUGAGUUACGCGGCAGAAAAUCUGCUCCGGCAAGUGGGACUUAACGUUGGACCUGGUAGCGCUGCAACAAAUCGAAAGUUUGCUAACAAGGACGUGUCAGCUUUCGUCAUGGAUUUCACAUCAAGAUGCCGUUAUUCAGGGGAAGUGACCAGUAUGAAAAGCCUUAUGAAGAUGGACGAUCUGUGUAAACACCUAAAGGAUGAGAUGGUGAAAGCCUGCCGAGAAAAAAAUGAGAAGGGAUUCGAAAGUUUGGUUUAUCGAAUCUGCGCCGUCAUUAUCCAGUCCACUGAUGAUUACGGAAUUUAUUCCACUUGUGUUCGAAAUCUUCUCCAUCUGCUGACGUGGAGCGUCACUGAACUUUUUACCGUUCACACCGUUACUUGUGCUGUGAGAUGUUGGCAAUGGUUAUUGGCAGCUAAACCUGACAUUCAUUUGACUUUCAUCUACGAAAUGAUCUCAGCCUGGAAUCAAACUCAUCAGCUUAAGUUAGGGAUGUUUGCGGAAAUUGACGAUGAAGAUCCUCCAACUCCUUUGUCUCCUAAUCACGAUAAAGUGCGCGCUCCAGCUCCGGAUGUGUUGCCACAUUCUGUCUGGUGUAAAUUUAUCAACGAGCGGGUGGAGAUUGCUCGCUAUUACGACCAACAGGAAAUCGACGUUUUUGUUGCCAUGUUCAAUCAAUGUUUGGAUGUCACUAUCGGUAACAGGAGACGACAAAGAACUGUCCGCUACGGAGCCUGUCUUUUCCGCUUCUUGUCCAGUGGACUUCGACUUCUGCAGGACGAUAACAUUGAGAAUACUCCAGCCAGGAAUGCGUUGCGAGAACGGGUGUAUGCUGCGGCGCUGGACUACUUCGCUGGUUCUAUGGACUUUCCUCAGGAUUUCAAAUACGAACUGCGUGAUGACAUCAAAGUGUUGUUACGAUUUUGGGUGCUGAUGCACACCGAUAAACGCUAUCUGCAUUGGGGUGACCAAGAUUCAGUUGAUGCAGGCCCUUACCCUGAAAAGCCCAUCGCAUCGGCUCCUAAUACACUUGCGGUUAAUCGGACCGGUUGGAUGAAUAUUCCACAGUCAACUUCGCAGAUGAACUUAAACAUUGGCAAACGAGCUGGUACACUGAGCAAGCGACAGGUGCGAUUUAAUAUGGAUUUCGCUAAAGUUUAUGGAAAGCGUCGGAAUUUGAUUCUUGCGCUCUUGGCUUCGGAAUACGAUCGUUGGGUUGUGUGGUAUGAUCCCUUGAAUCAGCUGACGGAAGAUUUGGCGGAAGUCAACGAAACAAAACUUCCUGCAUACAUGCUGCAGACGGCUGCGGUGAAGAUCUUAAGAGAAUACGCUCGCAUAGCCUGGCAGUGCUCCGCUGUACUCGCGGUGCAUUUACCUCCGAGGUUCCGGUAUGCUGAAGUGUUGCUUAAGGAAGUCACUCGUCUGGUUCGUUAUGAUCCAGAAUCCGUGAUGGGGGUUCCGGCCGCUUUGAGCUAUUUUGCCACGCCGGAAUGCAUUGAAGCUGAUCCUCCCGAAUUGGUCAAUGUGCUCAUGUGGGCAAAAUGUUCUCCGGUUCAUGCUUUGAAUCUCUUCUCAAAAGACAGCCCUCCCAAUGCGGUCACCCAUCAGUAUGCUUCGCGAGUGUUACAGGAAUAUCCCCCGGAAGUGAUGAUUUUCUACAUCCCGCAAAUAAUUCAAGCUCUUCGCUAUGAUACGAUGGGCUACAUCCGUCAGUAUGUUGUGGCAGCCGCAUCGCAUUCGAAUUUGUUAGCACAUCAAAUAAUUUGGAAUAUUCAGUGUAAUAAAUAUACCGAUGAAGAGGGGAAAAAUGAAGAUCCGAUAUUGUUCAAGAAACUGAACAGUAUUCAGGAAGAAAUUAUUGCACAGUUGGCUAGUGGACCGGCCAGAGUUUUCCGGGAACGGGAAUUCGAAUUCUUCAAGGAAGUGACAGACAUCAGCGGGUUGAUCAAGCCUUUUGAAAAAGGAGAAAAACGUAAACAAGCAUGUCUGAAAGAACUGGCAAAAAUCAAAGUUCCUCCAGGUUGUUACCUACCCUCGAACCCGGAAGCGGUGGUUAUCGAUAUCGAUUCGAAAUCUGGGUUACCUCUGCAGAGCGCCGCGAAGGCUCCCUAUUUGGCUAAGUUCCUAGUGAAAAAAUGCACUCUCGACGAGCUGGAAGAGAUUGGUACGUCUGAAGAUCCUGCAUCAAAAAUACCCAAAGACGCUCCACAGUAUUGGCAGGCCGCUAUUUUCAAAGUCGGAGAUGACGUGCGGCAGGAUAUGCUGGCGUUACAAAUUAUGCAGUUGUUCAAGAACGUUUUCAGUAUGGCUGGAUUAAACUUGUUUGUGUAUCCCUACCGUGUCGUAGCCACCGGCCCGGGGUGUGGCGUUAUUGAAUGUGUUCCCAGUUCGAAAUCCCGUGAUCAGCUUGGAAAACAAACGGAUACGUUGAUGGAGUAUUUUGAAGCGAAAUAUGGCGACAAAUCCUCACCUGAGUACCUUCAGGCCCGACGCAAUUUUAUCCGCAGUAUGGCAGCAUACAGCCUAAUCACGUUCAUUCUGCAAGUGAAAGAUCGUCACAAUGGCAACAUUCUCAUUGACGAGCAUGGGCAUAUCAUUCAUAUUGAUUUCGGCUUUUUGUUCGAAAGCAGUCCGGGUGGCAAUCUGGGAUUCGAGCCCGAUUUCAAAUUAACCCCGGAGUUUGUAGGGAUGAUGGGCGGUGCGAUGGAAUCUCACUUGUUUAAGUGGUUUAUGGAGCUCACUGUCCGCGGAUAUUUGGCUGUCCGGCAAUUCCGGGAAGAAAUUUGUACUUUGGUCAGUAUGAUGUUGGAUACUAAUCUGCCGUGCUUUCGUGGCCAGACUAUCCCGAAAUUACGAAGUCGCUUUUCGCCGAAUACGUCCGAAAGAGAGGCCGCUGAUUACAUGGUGAAAGUGAUCCAGGGAUGCUACCUAAACUACCGAUCUCGCGCUUAUGAUAUGCUUCAGUAUCAACAGAAUAAAAUUGCUUAUUGAGCCAAUAUUAUCUCGCUUGUUUUUUUGUAUGGACUUAAGUUGAAGUGACAUUGUUUUUGUGACGAUGGAAUUAUAAAUUAAUUAUGAUGA